ACAAAAAGAAGAAUCAUUACCUGCAAUUUUAUUUUUGCAUUUGCGUCAAACGCCAGUCAACUAAUUGUUUUUUUUUUUUUUGUUUUUACUUGCUUUAUUACAACAGCAUUUUACGAAACGCAAUCUGAUUGGUGAGAUUUUAAUGCAAUACUUUUCAUACGAAGAUACCCUAAACAGUUGGGUGAAUAAAGCUGUUGGUAAGAAGUGGAAGGAUCAUAAAAGCUGGUUGAAGGGAAGAUUUUAUUAUCCUGAAAAGUCUGAGGAGGAAAAUGCUAGAAAUGUUCCAUGCAAUGCGUUACCUAAUGAUUGGCAGUACUUGGUACACUACUGGAAAUCUGCUGAUGGCAAGAAAAAGGAAGAAAAAUGCAAAAAGAGUCGAGCAAUGCAGAAGAUUACACAUGCAACUGUUAGUAAGAGCUUUGCUAUACUACGAGAUGAAAUGGAGGAGAAAAAUGGUGGUGAGCUUGUGGGAGAAAUAGAUUUUGAUAUGGCUACUCAUUUGAACAAAGAUGGCAAAUAUGUUGAUGAAGAAGCAGAAAGUACAGUGGCAGUUAUGUCUGAAGUGAGGGGUAAGGAGGCUAAUGGUUGUGUUCGUGGCUUGGGUUUAGGGCCUACACCAACAAAGGUCUUUGGUGCUCAUACAUUUGCCUCUACAGCUGCUCAAAACCAAGAAGUUAUUGAGUUGAAGGGUCAGGUGAUUAAACUUAGAGAACAAGUGGCUUCUCUAGCUGCUCUAGUUAGGCAGUUGACUGCAAAUAUGAACCCUUAAACUUACCAGAAGCCAUUGGUUUUUUAAGUUAAGGAAUUUGCAAGUAUUUUUGGAGGACAAGUUUCUUUUAGCAGCCUAGGCAUGGUGAGCACAGCUAAUAUUCGUUGCAUAUGAAGCAUGGCUGGGUGAAGGAUAUGGUAGUUUGUAAUAUCAGGUUAUUUGGAAAAAUUAGACUGUUAUGAAGGAGAUUUCAUAUUUACAUAAAUAAUUACUAAAAACUUUC